AUGGUCACACGACGGUUAUCUUCCAACCUACGCUCCGGUCAGUUCGUGUUCCCUUUCGAGGAUCUCUAUUACCACAAAGAGGAUUUGUCUACCUACCGAACGCAGGUAGGUGGACCGAAGCAGCACCAUAGCCGGGAGUACAACGAGACCUGCGACCGUCACAUUCAAAUUCUCCUCGAUUACCUCUACAACCAGCCAGCAAUACAACUCGGGAAGGCGGAAACUGCUUGGAGUCAAUCACUUCCCAUGACAGCUUUUCGUUCACUGUGGAUCCUCCUGAAACCUGGAUCGGAUGUGUAUGUUCGUGAGAGAGGUCGGCUAAAUGCUUACGUAGUCGAGCGUGUGGAGGGGAUCGUGCGAACUACUACCUCGCCUCCUAGGCCUUACCUGGUCAAGCUGUGGAACCUCGACUUCAACGGCAAGUGUCUUUCUCGAUCGGUAAAAACCGUAUCGAUACCGGUAUUUGAUGGAGAGAGAGAAGUCACAUCUUUGCCAGUCUUUCCUACUCGCUUCCAUCGCGACAAAGCCAACGAGCGGCCGCACCGUGAGGUUCUCAUUGAGCGUGGGAAAACGUUCGUUAAGGUGAUCACGCAACCAUCUUACCAAGAAUACACGGGACCAAGCUCCUUUAGUCGAGCCCGAACGUAUAGCCAAGCACGUGUCAUGGUAGAUCACACUGACCGGCCAUGGGAGAAGGACGUUGCAGCAGACCAACCGAAUCGCCAUAUGCCAAACAUCGACUCUGGAGAAGAACUGGGACUCGACGUGAGGGUGCCUAAAACAUUGGCAUUCGAAGAUUAUGACGACAUUUCAUUGGACUCGGUUGACAGCCUUACCGAGCAUCAAUAUUUUCUCUGUUUCUCCCACGUAUACGCCUAUGCACUGCAAGAUCGAUGCUGGGAGUUAGUCGAUGUUCAGGGCUUAAAGAAUCCUACCAUCGAGCGGACCAUCAUCAACACUCUUGUGAUUAAGCCCGAGAAGAACAAGUCUAUGAUCAAGGCCAUCUGCGAGACAUACCACCGCAAGGAGCAUCGCGAGCAGCUUUUCUUCGCGGAUCCGAUCAAAGGGAAGGGAGAGGGCUUGAUCAUUCUGCUACAUGGGCCGCCUGGGACCGGCAAAACGCUCACAGCAGAAUCGGUAGCUGAGUUUCUGCAAAGACCACUUCUCACCAUCACCGGCUCGGACUUAUGCGACGAGCCAGAGCAACUGGAGAGAAACCUCAUUCGCUUCUUGCGCAAUGCAACUAAAUGGAAUGCAAUAGUACUCCUAGAUGAAGCUGAUGUCUACCUCGAACGACGAUCCGCGAACGAUCUACGCAGGAACAGCAUCGUAUCAAUCUUCCUUAGGGCCUUAGACUACUUCCAGGGUAUUCUCUUUCUAACCACAAACCGCGUUGGCACCUUCGACGAAGCCUUCAUGUCGCGUAUCCACAUACAGGUCGGAUUCGAGCCGCUAGACGACGAAUCGCGAAAACAGAUCUGGACAAACAGCUUCCAGAAGCUCGCAGAAAACCACCUGCGCGGUGGGCGAGAGAUACUAUAUACCUGGCCCGCGAAGGAGUUCGUCAUGGAGUCAGAAAAAGUCAGAUGGCUGCAGUGGAACGGUCGAGAGAUCAGAAAUGCUUUCCAAACUGCGGUGACCCUUGCCUGCUACGAAGCAAAGCAAGAAGGCGAUAGUAUUCCAAAGGUCACGGAAAAUCACUUCAGUCAGGUUGUCGACAUGUCGACGAACUUCAAGCGAUACAUGAGGUCUGCGCAUCAGAACGCGGAUUACUCGGACCUGGCUUAUUGGGACCGCUUGAGGGAUGAUAGGUUCAGGCUUGCGCAGAUGAAAGGGGCUGAUUGAGGGUUCGGGCGAGAGCAUUCCGGGGGCGAAUGCGUCAUCGCUGAUGAACGCGAGGACUAAACGUUUCUUUUUAUCUUCGAGGUGCUUGUGCGCUCGUGCGAGAGGGAUAUCAAUAAUAUACAAAGAAUCACUGCGCUGUUCUGGUAGUGACAUACGCCAGAAAAUGUAUCGAUAUGCGGACGCGGGAAAGACACGUUGUGUUUUAUAGGUGCUCG